AUGGCGCAGCGCCCCCUCACGCUUACAGAGGAGCUCGAGAAGCUCGAGCAGUCCAUCACCCUGACCCUCCAAGAAAUCGACCACAACUUUAGCCAAGCCCACCGCAUCGUCACGACAAAUAUUCUCCCCUUGGUCGAGCAAUACGCAGAGAGCUCCCGCGAUGUCUGGGAUGGCGCAAAGUUCUGGAAACAAUUCUUCGAAGCCAGUGCCAAUGUCUCCCUCUCCGGCUACGAAGAGAAGCCCGACGGAGAUACCACCGUCCUAGAACCGACCAACCUAACGGCCGAAGAAGAUCAAACCGUUACCGAAACACCCGGCGAAGACGACAGCCACCACCAACUCCACCGAGCCGACGACAUCGAGCUCACUUCCCUCAGCCUCUCCUCCCACAGCACUCCUCGUGUCACUGGUCAUGACAACCGCUACGCCGCCAAUGACGAUGACACCUCGUCCAUCGCGCACCCAACCCCAGAUACCCGCUUCCGCGACGAUGACGACGACGAAAACGACCCCUACCUCCCGACCACCCCAGCCAAAUACUCCUCCGCCAGAACCCAUCACUACACCGACGACCUCUCCCACAACCAAUCCCAUACUCCAAUGUCAUCAUCACCCUUUAUUCCUCCCGCUGAGGACCCAAUCAUGCACCAGAUGGCCGACAAAACAUACCGCGUGCAAGCCACCCCGCUCGGAAAGGGAUACGGAUACGAGUCCAGAUCCAAGUUUACCGUUACACCCAAGACAACAAACAACAGCAAGAAGUACGCGUACGAUGACUCUCCUAUCUCCAGUCCGGAGCCGGAAGCCCCCAAAUUGCAUGCGGAGAUCUUUUCGUCUCCUAUGAAGGGCGUGGAAACGCCGAAUACGGGCCGCAAGAGGAGACCCAGUGCGAAUCAGCUGCGGAUUACCCCGAAGCCCGGGAUAAGUGUGCUGACUCCUGCACGCGGCGGCGGUGGUGGUGCGAGGCGAUCGGCUUGGGACAGUGAUGAUGACUUUGAUGACGGGGAUGAUGAGGAUAUGGGACCGAGUCCUCCUAAGACGAUGCAGUUUCAUAUACCGCAGAGUCGGUUGAUGAAGACGCCUGCCAAGGAAGCAUCAAAACGCAUCGUGGAAGACCUGCUCUUCACCGCCGGAGCCAACGAUACAACAGACGAUCUACCCAUCGAACAAAGUCCGAGUAUCAUCCAACGGGUGGAGCGACUGGAAGAUGAGACAUUCUAG